ACUUUUAGAUUCCAGGCCCAUUCACACUGCUGGACCCUGAACCAUGUUUCCCCACCCUGUCAUACUGCCAGUGCUCUUGCUGUGCCUGGGACGGACAAUCCACAUGCAGAAAGGACAAAUGCCCAGACCCUCCAUCUCUGCUGAGCCAGACCGUGUAAUCCCCCAAGGGAGACCAGUGACCAUUGUGUGUCAGAGCCCUAUUAUAUUUGAGAUAUUCCGCCUGGAAAAGGGACGUUCUGUGAUAUGGUCUGAAGAGAACAGUCUGCCUCCUAAGAAGAAGGCCAGAUUCCUCAUCCCUUCAGUGAAUGAAAACACUACUGGAUUCUAUACCUGCAUCUACAACAGGGGCUUCUCCUGGUCUUUGCGCAGUGAGACCCUGAAGCUGGAGGUGACUAGUGAAGAUGUCACCCAGGGCCCUGCCACAGGCUUAGCAGUGACCUCAGACUCCACACUCCAGAGCUACACAGUGUGGAAUGGCAUCCGCAUGGGCCUGGCUGUAGUGAUCUUGGUGGUCCUGAUGGCGAUUCUGGGCGAAGCUUGGCACAGCCAGCACAGGUCUUCAGACAGUUAAGAGACUCCAGGACCUCAGGAGGAUGCCACCAAGGGCUCUAAAGUUAUGCUCAUAUCCAAGAAGAAUCAGAACAAGGAUGGGCCAGUGGUAGGCAGGAUCACACCCUGGAGGCCUAGGCACUUCCUGCUGUCUAUUUAACCCUUGCCCUCAUUUCGGAACCCUGAAGAUGGACUUUGAGUAGGGGUUGUUGAACCCUUUCUGCCUCUUCCCAAUGUGGCCACAUUGAAUUAGUCACCUUUUUCUACUUCUCGCUAUUAAUUUGACUUUUUAAAUUGGUUUAUUGAGGAAAGGUUGCCAAACUUGACAGGUUUGGGUACAGGUUAUGACCUGCAAGUUCAAAAAUGAGAGAGAGAGACAGAGAGAGAGACAGAGAGAACCUGAUUGUCCUGUGCUUUAGAACUUGUCAGGAUCUCUGCCUUGUGUACAGCAGGGUCAAGUACUCUCUUCUCUCAAAUUAAGGCAGAAAAAUUUGUGUUGUGACCCACAGAGUGUAAACAGAACCAUCUUUGUGAUGGGUUGUAGGGGAAGGAGAUAAGAGGAGGGUGACAGUAAUUAAAAUGUACUAUAUACAUGUAUGACAUUGUCAAU